UCGAGUCAAGCAAGCUUCAUGUAUCCAACACUCAUAUGAAAUGACAAUCACAUUGAAUUAUUAUUUUAAUUAAGGUAAUAAAUAUUAUAUAGUUAUUUUAUUGUAACGAUGAGAUGUUGUGGUGUUGAAGUUGCACGUGCUGAGUAGAGAAAUGGUGUAUAUGGGAAUGAGUUUAUUGAAGUAUUUGCCAGUCUAUGCUGUGGAUGCUCUUCUUACGAUGCUCUCUAAGCUCAAAUUUGGCGACAUGUCGGCUCACGGGAUAUGUCGGCCGAAGAUGGGCCCUUUUCAACUCAAAUCCGCCAUCGGGAAGACGCCGGUUAUCGACGUCGGAACUCUAUCCAAGAUUCGGGCUGGUGAAAUUAAGGUUCUUCCACAAAUAUCAAACAUAAAUGGAGGAACCAUUGAGUUUGAAAAUGGAGUAAUCAAGAGAUUUGAUGCCAUUGUCUUUGCUACUGGCUACAAAAGCUCUGCUAACAAGUGGCUUCAGGAUCACCGGUUCGUAUUAAACGAAUCGGGUAUGCCGAAAAAUCAAAUUCCGAAUCAUUGGAAGGGAGAAAAGAGGGUUUAUUGUGUUGGGCUAUCAAGGCAGGGGCUGGCUGGAGUUUCUGCAGAUGCAAAGGCAGUAGCAGAAGACAUUAGCAACAUUUUAAAUAAAAUAUCUGAUAACUAAUAAUAUAUGGCUUUAAAUUUAUGUUCUCCAAUAUGAUAAAUGUUUAGCCAUCCCUUAGAGCAAAUAGCUCCUUUUCAAACCUAUGUAAAAUAUUUUGGUUUGGAAACUGGUUUGGCUAGUGCUUAAAAAAGUUCUAUAUAUUUGGAGAAGUUAUGUAACCAGCUAGUUUAAUAUGACUC